UGGUCAGAGACUGCAGACAUGGUACAGGAGAUGGUCAGAGACUGCAGACAUGGUACAGGAGAUGGUCAGAGACUGCACACAUACUAGAGGAGAUGGUCAGAGCCUGCAGGCAUGGUACAGGAGAUGGUCAGAGACUGCAGACAUGAUACAGGAGAUGGUCAGAGAUGCAGACAUGAUACAAAGAUGGUCAAAGACUUCAGACAUAAUACAGGAGAUGGUCAGAGACUGCGGACAUGGUACAGGAUAUGAUCAGAGACUAUAGACAUGGUACAGGAGAUGAUCAAUACAACUACAGA